GUAAAAUUUCCGGGGUUGAAUUCCUGAAAGGGGGGGGAGGUCCCUCUGGAGCCCUCUAUAAACCCCUUUAGGGAGCCACGUUCGACUUCUGCAGCCCAGAAUCCUCUCUGUCUGUUGCACUGCAGGAACAGUUACCACCUUUGUAGCUGAAGAUGGGGCCCUCCAUGCUGCUGCGGCUGCUGCUGCUGCUGACUUCUGAGCUGACCACGACCCACGGAGAUUUGCUACAACUCUGCCGCAUGAUCACCCAACUGACCGGCAAGAAGGCUAUCCCGUUUUAUUCUACCUAUGGGUGCUACUGCGGCCUAGGAGGCAGAGGGAGGCCCAAGGAUGCCACAGACAGGUGUUGUCAGUGGCACGACUGCUGCUAUGGCCAGCUGGAGAAGUGGGGGUGCCAUCCCAAGUCCACCCGCUACAGCUACAGUUACUACUGGGGGCGGAUCCAGUGUGGCAGGGGUGCCAACUGGUGCCAAGAAGGGAUCUGCAGCUGUGACCGGGGGCUGGCGCUGUGCCUGAAGGAAAACGUAGGCCAGUACCGGAAGAAAUACACCUUCUACCCGAACUUCCUCUGCAGGGGACCGUCUCCCUCCUGCUCAUCAUGACUGGAGGAUCUUGCCUGGCAGGUUGCCAAGCGUACCAAACCAAAGAACAAGAAAUAAAA